AUGCCACUUCAAGCAAUCGCAGCUCGCUCGCUCGGCCGCGCAUCUGGCCGCCCGUCUAGUCGAUGCCUUUACAUUCAGCAUGUCGUCCCAUUGCCAUGCCAUCAGCACUCCCCUCGUCGCUCAUUGGCCACUACAACCACUGCUCGAGCAAGAGUUUCGUUGAACAAAGUAAACAGAGGACCCAGCCUUAGCGACCGCCCUUACGAAAGCAAGACACCGCAAACUCUUACGGAGAAGAUCGUGCAACGCCACGCCGUUGGUCUGCCAAAGGGCAAGCUCGUUCGUAGCGGCGACUACGUUCAGAUACGGCCUCAUAGGUCGAUGAACGCCACACGAAUCGAGGACCCGACGCAGCCGGUCUUUGCGAUUGACCAUCAAGUUCAGUUGAAGAGCGAAGCCAAUCUCCGCAAAUACGAGUUGAUCGAGGCAUUCGCCAAGAAACACGGCGUAGCGUUUUUCCCCGCGGGCUAUUCAAUCGGCCACCAAGUCAUGAUUGAAGAACUCUUCGUCUGGCCAGGUACCCUGUGUGUGGGCUCCGACAGUCAUAGUUGCAUGUACGGAGCCUUGGGAUCCCUCGGGGUCGCGGUGGUGAGAACCGAUGGAGCUUCCAUUUGGGCGACCGGCAAGAGCUGGUUCCAAGUUCCUCCGGUGGCACAGGUCACGCUCACAGGAACAUUGCCGCCCGGCGUGACCGGAAAGGACGUCAUCCUAGCUCUCUGUUCCGUCUUCCCUACGGACGUGCUGAACCAUGGUGUGGAGUUUGUUGGCUCGGAGGAGACCAUGUCCAGCCUCUCUGUCGACGAUCGCCUUACUAUCAGCAACAUGGCGACUGAGUGGUCUGCAACUUCUGCAAUGUUUCCAGUUGAUGGGACUCUGGAGCGCUGGCUACGAAAAAAGGCUUCAGAGGCUGCAAUCUACGAGGACCGCACGACUCGCGAGAGGAUCACACACGACAUGAUCGAUCAGCUCUACAGCGACCCUACAAAUCUCUCUUCCCUUUCGCCUCAGAUAACAGGACCUAACUCUGUGAAGAUAUCAACCCCGCUCAGCGAGGUUGCUCCCAAAGAAAUCAAAAUUGACAAGGCUUACAUUGUAAGUUGUACCAACUCACGGAGCUCUGACCUAAAGGCUGCAGCCAAAGUCUUCCAGGAUGCUGCCAAGGCCAAGGGCAGCAGGGAGACGCCCAAAAUCGCGGACCACGUCGAGCUCUAUAUCGCAGCAGCUUCAACCAAUGAGCAGAAGAUCGCCGAGGAACAAGGUAGCUGGCAAACGUUGCUUGAUGCUGGGGCGAUUGCCCUCCCAGCUGCCUGCGGCCCGUGCAUUGGGCUGGGGCGAGGCUUGUUGAAGGAUGGUGAGGUCGGAAUAUCUGCCUCGAACCGCAACUUCAAGGGCAGGAUGGGCUCAAGACUUGCUCAAGCGUACCUUGCCAGUCCUGAGGUGGUAGCCGCCAGCGCUCUUAGCGGUAAGAUUUCAGGUCCCGGCGUAUACAAGCCCCACGAGAACCUCAACGGCAUCGAGUUUGGUUAUGGUGUAGGCUCCCCGGUGUCCCCUCUGAGUGGGCUCGAGAGUAUUACGGAACAGCUAGAUUCUCUUAUCGACGGGGUUGAGCCUUCUGCCCCCCAGGGCGACGACGCCGCAAAGGAAACGACUCGGAUGCUUCCGGGUUUCCCCAACAGCAUCAGCGGUGAGAUUGUAUUCUGCGACGCCGACAACCUUGAUACCGACAAUAUCUAUGCAGCAAAAUGGACGUAUCAGGAUGAUGUCACGAAGGAGGGCAUGGCGGAGGUCUGCAUGUCUAACUACGACCCCGACUUUGGCUCAGUCGCGAAGCCUAAUGAUAUCCUUGUCUCGGGAUACAACUUUGGCUGUGGAUCCUCACGAGAGCAAGCUGCGACAGCAAUCCUAGCCAGGCAAAUUCCGCUUGUCGUGGCUGGGAGCUUGUCUAGUAUCUUUGCCCGCAAUAGCAUCAACAAUGCGCUCUUGGGAUUGGAGGUACCGCGACUUGUAGAACGUCUUCGUGCUGCCUUUCCCUCAUCGGAGAAGGUGCCGACACGGCGGACGGGCUGGACCCUAACGUGGGAUAUCUCUCGAAGCACCAUCAAAGUGCAAGAGGGUAAGGAUGGAGAAUGCUGGGAGGAGAAGGUUGGCCAAUUCCCAGAGAAUCUACAAGAGAUCAUCGCAAAGGGGGGCCUGACAGAAUGGGUCAAGCACGAGAUUGCCAAGGUCGCUGUGUAG